UGUCAUACUGACAAGUGGCAACACUGCGAGAACGAACGUCGUCGUCCUUCCGACCAGCGACAUUUUUGUCGGCUGGUGUAUUCAUUUUAUCAAAAAAUCCAAUAAAAAGCUGUGAAAAUGUUGGGCCGUCUAGCACCGGGUGUGUGCACCCAGGUAACCAUGGUGGUUAACCAUCAGCAAAGCCGAAAUAUGGCUACCUUGAAAGCCAUUUCUAUUCGUUUGAAGUCGGUUAAGAAUAUCCAAAAGAUUACCCAGUCCAUGAAGAUGGUGUCAGCUGCCAAAUACACUCGUGCUGAGCGUGAAUUGAAAGCAGCUCGCCCGUAUGGUGAGGGUGCUGUGCAAUUUUACGAGAAGGCUGAGGUAGCUCCACCUGAAGAUGAGCCCAAGCAGCUCUUCAUUGCUAUGACAUCUGACAGGGGUCUUUGCGGAGCUGUGCACACUGGUGUGUCAAAGGUGAUUCGUACCCGCCUAAGCGAGCCUGGAGCAGAGAACAUCAAGGUUAUCUGUGUGGGAGACAAGUCCCGUGCCAUCCUGCAACGACUGUACAGCAAACACAUCAUCAGUGUUUGCAAUGAGAUCGGUCGCCUGCCGCCCACUUUCCUGGACGCGGCGCGCAUCGCUAACGCGAUCAUGACGUCGGGCUAUGACUUCGGCUCCGGCAAGAUCAUCUACAACAAGUUCAAGUCCGUCGUGUCGUACGCGCAGUCCAACUUGCCGCUCUUCAGCAGGAACGCUGUUGAGAGUGCUCCAAAACUGGCUGUUUACGACUCCCUCGACUCUGAUGUAUUGCAGUCUUACAUGGAAUUCUCUCUCGCCUCGAUGCUCUUCUACGCACUCAAGGAAGGAGCUUGUUCCGAACAGUCCUCCCGCAUGACGGCCAUGGACAACGCCUCCAAGAACGCCGGAGAGAUGAUAGACAAACUGACGCUGACCUUCAACAGGACCCGCCAGGCCGUCAUCACCAGAGAGCUCAUCGAAAUUAUCUCUGGUGCUGCUGCUUUGGAUUAAAAACAACAAUUGUCUAUGGUUUUCGAUUGGCGGGAAUAUUUAAUCUGUCACCCGUCACGAUUACCAAAUUAUAAAAUCCGGUUGGCGACAAAUUAUGUUUACUAUAUUUUUUUUGUUAAAUAUUUAUUGCAAUCCAUAGCUUACUAUAAGUAUGAAAUAUCGUAUUUGAAAAUAAUGAAAAAUGGUAAUAGCUGAAUUCUGAUUCCAAUGAAUGCUAUCGUACCAUCAGUUUAAGAUCACACAUUUAUCUUACUGCCAUUUUUUUUUUAGUGAUGUAUGAUAACCGACAUUCCCGAACGAGUGUUUCUGAGUAUUUGUAAAUCGCACGCAAACACAUAACUGGCUUAUCCACCUUUGCAGAUAGUUUUUAACACUCAUUCGAUUCUUUGGCCGUUUAAUUUAAUUGAAGUGAAUUUCAUGUAAGGAUAAAGUGGUGGUUAGCAUUAAAAAGUACUGUUUAGUA